CAGGACGACAGCAGCUGACAACCUCAACCUCACGCAGCUACUGCCGCCCUUCUGGUCAAGUCUCUCUUUUUUGCAUUGCAUGUGGCUGCACUGGGGACGCGGCGCAUCUUCGACUACAAAUACUUCUCCACGCAUAUACAAGCUACAGCAGAAGCCUUGACCAUCGCGUUGUGAAUAUCCCAUACGUUCGCUCCUAUUAUCAAACAUCAGACGACCCACCAAGGCUGCGUACCUGUACCUACACGACCCCAACCACCCGACUUCACCCACCCGUGGGAAGGCAGAAGAGCAUAGAGGACUUUGGUCGCGUCAAAUACUUGUACUCACACUCAACCAUCCAAGGUUCCAGUGUCCUCCACCUCCACCCUACCAUCAUCGUCUCGUCAUCUCGUUCUUCAGAGUUCCGCUGCUCAUCUUGUUUUGCAUUACACACACCGCAGCAUAUACUACCCCCACACACGUUUCUAUACAUCAAUCUCCCUCGCUUGUAAGAGAGCCGCCUCGCUGCAGAUCAAACAAACCUCAGGACUUCGGUCAGAGCAUUCCAUAUACGGCCACUUGCUUCCCACAUUUCCCCAAACUGAGCUUCCUCGGAAGGCUCGUGACGGGUCACCGAAAUGGCGAAGGCCGACUUCACCAGAGAUUAUUAUGGCGACCUGAAUCUCUCACCUACUGCCGAUGUGCAGGAAAUCAAGAAGCAGUUCAAGAAGCUCGGUAUGGCGUGUCUGGUCCGUUGGUAGUGAUUUCUGAUCGCGUGCUAAUUCUCGGCCCUCAACAGCUCUUACGUAUCAUCCAGAUCGAAAUCCGGGGCGCGAGACCCAGGUCACAGCCCAAUUCCAGCUUAUUCAGUCUGCACACGAGGUUCUCACAGAUACGCAAGAACGAGCGAGGUACGAUGCAAACAGAAGAACUGCGGCUUACAGACCAUCUUAUACUGGACAUACAUCAUCUGGUGUGAGAGGAAAUCCUUGGCAAAAUGCAGGCUCGCAGUUUCCACCACCCCCAAAGCCUUCCGGUACGCGAAGAGCAGCUCCACCUCCGUCCGAAGGCGCGAAGAGAUAUCAACAGUUCAACAAUGCCGCACCUAAGGCCUCUCAGUAUUCGGCGCAGGAAGGAGCAGAAGCAAGGAGAAGUACCUAUGCCGCAUGGGAGCAUAUGAGGCCUGACCACACACGUAAGCCCGCGCCGACGAGAGCAACACCAAGCAGGAAACCAGCACCCCCACCAAGACAAACUCCUAAUGCUGGACAUGCACCUGGUGUGAGCCCGCAAAGGAAGGGAUUCAUGCCAAAUACACCAGGAGGCGAUGAGCCUGCAGCACCGAGGGGUGCCUACUUCACUACUCAGCGAGCAGCACCAGAACCUCCACCAGUCCCUCCUCGCAAUCCGUCUCCUAUCAAUCCUUCUGCGUCAACUACCAAUGCGGGAGCCGACCCACUGAAUCAAUUUCGUGAUCAGCGACCUCAAUUCGAGCCACGUACAAGCACACCAUAUGCAACACAUGGCGGAGAGAAAUUUAACCUCCAUGAAAGCGCUAACAUAGGCAGAUCAAAGAGUACACGGGAACCCGCCACUACGAAGGACGUCCCUAGAACUGGUUCCGAUCCCAAUUUAGGUUCGCCUCUGCGUACUCGGUCUACUACCGAAAGAACAUCUGCCAGAACUCGGAAGACCGCACCAGCUUCGGGUCAUAUUGAAAGUGAGGAUUCAGGUUCCGAUGAUUUAUUAUUCACCAGCGGAAGCUUUGGGAAGCCUCGAAGAACCAAACCACCAGUCAACAGAGCUACACCCUUGUCGCAAACGGAACCAAAUGCUGCGCAGGGAUCUGUCAACCCACGUAAGCCUACUUCCAAUCUUCGAACACUUCGACAAUGGGUGAUGGAAAAUCCGGGUGCAGAGUAUCCGCUAAAUCGUUUCCCCACAGAUCCUCCCCCUCGCAUGGAUUCGACCCAGCAGAACGGCAAGACUGAUGAAGCUAAGAUGUAUGCCAAGUCCGAGCGUCUUUUCACCCCGUCAUAUCCAAAGGAGGAGCAUCCUCUAUCUUCUUUUUCUUCAGACAAUUGCAAUAUCCCGAAAGUCUCGGAGACGUACAAAUCAAGCGAUGACACAGCCUCGUCAAAAUUUCAUUUCCGUGGUUUCUCGACUGCCAGUUAUCCAAAUCUUUUUCCAUCAGGCGAGGAUUCAGCAACACCUCCCAGUGGAGGGGCGAAAGCCUUUGAAGAACUUCAGCGUAGUGUGAUUGAUGGUCUUCUCUCAAGCAAACGACGAAAUACUCUUCCAAGGCAUCAAAAUGCGGCCCCAGCAGAGAAGGAUGCCCAGAGUCAAAAGCUUCAGACUCCACCAAAUGUCCGCACCAACUCCGACCAAUGGCAUACCUAUCGGGAAGCUGGGGAAGGAAGCCCUCUGAAGAAUCCGAAGCCUCAAAAGCAUUUACAUUCAGUACAUUCAGAUUCUUCGAGCAAAGCGCGUGUUUUUUGGCAAAAUUACGAGCAGUUGAAAACGAGUAAUGCUAAUCCUACUGAAAAAUCUAGUUUUACCUUCAAUGUCAACAACGAAACUUUUCAGCGAACCCAACCACCUAGCAAUGGCUUCGCAAGCAGCAAACCAGAAGAUAUCACUACCACGUUUACACAAGAAAGCUGGGGUAAAGACAAGUUUGAUGGAGUAUUUGAAGCUGGCUACUUUAAUCCAGUGAAGAAACCCCCAACAACUCCGACGCGUGGUCGUGCUCGAAAUGGCAGCAGAUCUAGGUCCCCGAACAAAGCUCGCCCUAUUCCUAUUCCGCCUAUGGAACCACAAGUUGCAACAGAUGCCGCUGAGGAUAUGAUGGAAUCACCAGGUGGCACGAAAUUUCAGAAGAAUGCUUGGCAAGGUGUUUUCAAGCCUGCAACUUUUGCUCCAACUUUUACUCCUACAAUCCCACCGCCUAGCUCUGCUCGCCCCACCAACAAGAAGACACGAACGACAAGUGCUAGGCCAACGAUGGGGACUGCUGCUGUUGUCAAUGAUGGAGAGAUGUCGGAUCAUAAGCCACUGUUCGAUGGCAAUUCUACCGCUCCUUCUGCUUUUCGCCAUCCGCCAAGUCCAGAUGCUAUGGAUGUUGAUACGCCACUGGUCAAAUCGGCUCACACCGUCCCUAAAUUCGUACCCGGCACUAUAAAUGGCAAUACUGCAAACGUUACCACGAACGGGGCCCAAUUGAAUGGCAACGCUCAGCCGGCGCAACGGCCUAAACGACCGGCAACUCAUUCGCAGUCGCCUGUUGAAGCCGAAGCCGAGAGCCUCAGGGUUAAUUUACAAGACCUCAAGGUCAAGGACAUCAACGAAUUGAUCACGGAUCUCAACCUUCCUGCCCCACCACCAGCGCCUGACGCUCCACCUCCACCUACCAUGACUGAAAGUAUUUCAAAGCCAGCACAAGACAAAUACAUGAAGCAAUUUGAGGUAUACAUGCGGGACUGGGACUUAUUCAACACAAAAAUGAUAAUACACUUCUUCGCGAGAAAAAACCAAGCGUGGAAUUCGACCGGAUGGGAGGAUGAUUCAAAGAUCGAAAAUUAUAGGGAAGCCUUGAGAGUCGAUGCAGUUGUCGACAAGCACUGGCAUAACGCAAGAGAGUUGCAUGAGAAGGUUAUGAAAGACUAUGUGGUUAUAAGAGAAAGAAUGAAGAUGAGAGCGGAGUUCGAGGGAAUUCGGUAGAAGGGAUGACUAAGGAAGAAAGUCGUUGAUCCUGUAUUAUUUGGUAGGGAGUGGCGGGGGCUGGUGAAAUCUGGAAAAAAGAAGAUGAUUAUGGAUGAAUCAUUAUUUGGCUAUGAUACCCUGGGUAUUCUCUGUUAUGAUAGCAAGCGUCGGCGUUUAACAUAGGGCAAUAUGCGGACAGCAUGAUGAGGUGUAACAUACAUUGACGAAUAAAACAAUCAAAGAAUCAAG